AUGAAGGCGUUGCAGGUCUGGCUCCUGUGCCUGCUUCUGCUGGGCCUGGCCCUGAAGGGGGCUGCCAGCCAAGCCCACCAGCAUUCCAUGGAGAUCCACACCCCUGACAUCGAUCCUGCCUGGUACACGGGCCGCAGAAUCAGGCCCGUGGGCCGCUUCGGCCGGAGGAGAGCGGCCCUGGGCGACGUGGCGAGGCCGAGCCUCUGGCGCCAGCCGACCUGCUUCCCUCUGCGAGGAGGCACCCAGCCCUCCCAGGAUGGGUGA